AUGGGCGACCCGUUCACAAUCGCAUUCGGGCUAUCCGUGCCUCUGUCUAUCCACAUAUCCAUCCUAGGGCUAUCCACACUCCAGCCUGUGUCUAUCUAUCCAUCCCAGGGCUAUCCGCCUCUGUCUAUCCACAUAUCCAUCCUAGGGGCUAUCCGUGCCUCUGUCUAUCCACAUAUCCAUCCUAGGGCUAUCCGCGCCUCUGUCUGUCUCCUAUCCACAUCUAUCCACAUAUCCAUCCUAGGGCUAUCCGGGCUAUCCAUCCGUGCCUCUGUCUAUCCACAUAUCCAUCCUAGGGCUAUCCGCUAUCCCUAUCCACAUAUCCCUGUCUAUCCACAUAUCCAUCCUAGGGCUAUCCGUGCCUCUGUCUAUCCACAUAUCCAUCCUAGGGCUAUCCGUGCCUCUGUUCAUCCACAUAUCCAUCCUAGGGCUAUCCGUCUGUCCCACAUCCAUGUCUAUCCACAUAUCCAUCCUAUCCAUCCUAGGCUAUCCGCUAUCCGCGCUCUGUUCAUCCACAUCCAUCCUAGGGCUCCAUGCCUCUGUCCACAUAUCCACAUAUCCAUCCUAGGGCUAUCCGUGCCUCUGUCUAUCCACAUAUCCAUCCUAGGGCUAUCCGUACUCUCCUCUGUCUAUCCACAUAUCCAUCCUAGGGCUAUCCGCCUCUGUUCAUCCAUCAUAUCCAUCCUAGGGCUAUCCGUAUCCGCCUCUGUCUAUCCACAUAUCCAUCCUAGGGCUAUCCGUCCUCUGUCUAUCCACAUAUCCAUCCUAGGGCUAUCCGUGCCUCCCCUGUCUAUCCACAUAUCCAUCCUAGGGCUAUCCGUGCCUCUGUCUAUCCACAUAUCCAUCCUAGGGCUAUCCGUGCCUCUGUCUAUCCACAUAUCCAUCCUAGGGCUAUCCGUGCCUCUGUCUAUCCACAUCCAUCCUAGGGCUAUCCAGCCUCUGGCCAUCCGCGCCUCUGUCUAUCCACAUAUCCAUCCUAGGGCUAUCCGUGCCUCUGUCCACAUAUCCAUCCCUAGGGGCCAUCCUGUCUGUCCCCUCUGUCUAUCCAAUAUAUCCAUCCUAGGGCUAUCCGUCUAUCCACACAUAUCCAUCCUAGCUAUCCAGCCAUCCGGGCUAUCCAUCCAUCCUCAUCCACAUAUCCAUCCUAGGGCUAUCCGUGCCUCUGUCUAUCCACAUAUCCAUCCUAGGGCUAUCCCUGUCUAUCCACCUCUGUUCAUCCACAUAUCCAUCCCUAGGGCCUAUCCAUAUCUAUCCCUUAUCCAUCCUCCAUCCAUCAUAUCCAUCCUAGGGCUAUCCGGCUAUCCGCGCCCUCUGUCUAUCCACAUAUCCAUCCUAGGGCUAUCCGUAUCCAUCCUAGGGCCCGCCGCCUCUGUCUAUCCACAUAUCCAUCCUAGGGCUAUCCCUCUGUCUAUCCACAUAUCCAUCCACUAUCCGCGCCAUCCACACAUCCAUCCUAGGGCCAUCCGUGCCUCUGUCUAUCCACAUAUCCAUCCUAGGGCUAUCCGCAGCCUGUCUAUCCACACAUCCAUCCUAGGGCCAUCCGCUGGCCCUGUCUAUCCACAUAUCCAUCCUAGGGCUAUCCGUCCGCUAUCCACCUCUGUUCAUCCACAUAUCCAUCCUAGGGCUAUCCGCGCCUCUGUCUAUCCACAUAUCCAUCCUAGGGCUAUCCGCCCCCUGUUCAUCCACAUAUCCAUCCUAGGGCUAUCCGCGCCUCUGUCUAUCCACAUAUCCAUCCUAGGGCUAUCCGCCUCUGUCUAUCCACAUCAUCCCAGGGCCAUCCAUGCCUGUCCACAUGGUCCGUAUCUAUCCACAUAUCCAUCCUCUAGGGCUAUCCAAAGCCUGUCUAUCCACAUAUCCAUCCUAGGGCUAUCCGUGCCUCUGUCUAUCCACAUAUCCAUCCUAGGGGCUAUCCGUGCCUCUUCUGUCCCACAUAUCCAUCCUGAGGCUAUCCUAUCCACAUCCAUCCUAGGGCUAUCCAAAUGUCUGUCUAUCCACAUAUCCAUCCUAGGGCCAUCCGUGCCUCUGUCUAUCCACAUAUCCCAUCCUAGGGCUAUCCAUGCCUAUCCGGGCUAUCCGCCUCUGUCUAUCCACAUAUCCAUCCUAGGGCUAUCCGUGCCUCUGUCUAUCCACAUAUCCAUCCUAGGGCUAUCCAUCCUCUCUGUCUAUCCACAUAUCCAUCCUAGGGCUAUCCGCCUCUGUCUAUCCACAUAUCCAUCCUAG